AUGGCGAACAUAUUCUGCGGAAGUCAAGAUGUUAUGGUGCAAAACUCGACGUUCAACGUCACUUCAACUACAUAUCAUACAGCCGGAACCAGAGGGUUCGACGUACUUGUGAAGGCCGUCUCCCAGAACGCCUUCCACAACUCAGACGAUCGCCCUGACCCUCCGAAGUGCCAUGAAAACACCAGAGUCGCCGUCAUCAACAAGAUCAUGGAUUGGGUCACGGGAAAGAUUGACGCGGACGCCUUCUUGCUCUGGCUCUACGGCCCUGCUGGGGCAGGCAAAUCAGCCAUCGCACGCACGAUAGCUGAACUGUGCGAGAAGCACAAUCUCCUGCUCGCCAGCUUCUUUUUCUUUCGCUCAGAUUCCGGGCGCAACACAGUGAAACCCUUGGUCGCCAGUAUCGCAUAUCGUGUCGCUUGUGUGGUCCCUGCUGCUCGAGUGCAAAUUGACAGCAUCAUCGGCGUAGAUCCCCUCAUCCUAUCCUACUCCGUCGAGGCACAGCUCAAAAAGCUCGUCCUCGACCCACUCCGGAUACUUUCAGAUCAAGGCUAUUUCUCUGAGACGCCUCUCCCUCCAUUAAUCGUCGUCGACGGCCUAGACGAAUGCCUCGAUCGAGACGCCCAAUCACACUUGAUCCAAGUCCUUUCUUCGUCGAUGGCAGAGCACCGGCUUCCACUCAAAAUCCUGGUCGCGAGUCGUCCGGAAUCGCACAUCAAAUUGGCCUUUUCACUAGCAAGCGAGCAGGGUGCUAUAUCCCAUCUCGAACUCAACGACGACUUCCAUCCCGACGACGACAUUCGUCGAUUUCUCACCGACAAAUUCUACGAGGUUCAGAGAUCCCAUCCAUUUCGCUCGCAGAUCCCAUCCUCAUGGCCGAGCGAAGAGCAGACAAAAACACUCAUGCGCAAGGCCUCCGGACAGUUCAUAUAUGCGUCACUUGUCGUGCGCUUCGUCAAUUUUGCACGCGAUUCACCAACCCGAAGCUUGGACAUCAUUCUCAAUCUCCGACCACCGCCAGUCCAUCGCGACCUUCCGUUUGCCGAACUCGAUGCCUUGUACGCGUUCAUUCUGGCUGGAACAGCAGAUGUCGACUUAGCAUUAAAGAUACUCGGUCUCCACUUCGCCCUCGCAGAAGAUAUGCAGUAUAUGGAAGAGAUGGAUGUCCAAGAAAUUGAGGUGAUCGAAGCCUUGCUUGACCUAGAGGAUGGGGACGUGCGCAUCGCUCUUAGCGAUCUCAGCCCCCUUCUGGAGGUUGCAGAAUUCUAUGACGAGGGGAAUCCUUAUCAAAUUACCUUUCAUCAUUCCUCGUUUCCAGAUUUCUUAUUUGAUCAUGAGCGAUCUAAGGAGUAUCAUAUCGACAUGAAGAACAUGCAUGCGGUCAUUUUCCAGUCGCUCUUGCGAGCAUUUAGAUUACAUGAACCCCUCAAGUUUCGAAGAUCCAAAGUUGAAUGUAUAGACCUCACGAUGCAUAUGAGACAAUUGUCCCCUCCUCAGCUCGUUGAUCUUCACGAUGACCUUGAAUGCUUUUCGUUCGGCGCCUAUCUCGAGCACUUCACGGCGGUACUGCAAUUCUUCCCUCGUCCAGACCCUAUAGGCAGAGGCGAGCUCAUGGAUGGUCGAUCAAAGGCAUUCUUCCAUGUCCUUGUAGAAUUGAGACAGGACGAGCAGUAUCGCCGUCAUUCUGACCUUUAUCUCUCCUACGUGACAUCUUGCAUCGAAAGCCGCUCCCAUCCAGAAUCAUUCCACGCCCUGAGUACGGUGUGGUUGGUGCUACAGAGUCCCUUGAGGUCCUAUGUCGAGAACGGCACGGAGCCGAACCUUCUUCCCAACGGAGUGAACUUUUCUUCCGUCUGGGAGAAACUAUGUACCUCGCUUUUCGACAUCAAGAGGGUAGACUGUGAAUGGGACCUUGAUCACUGGCGAUUGCUGCGACCUCCCACAGAUUAUAACGACGCGCGAGCAGAUAUAGAGCCCUUGGCGGGGAUAUAUGGCGACAUCACUGAAACGCUGCGACUACUUCCGGACUCUGUCUUGUCCUAUCGACUCGUUCGACUUGCGAUUUCAUGCGUCGAAUACCUUCGUUGGAUGGGAACUACCAGUGUAGGACAACGUACAAAUUACCUUCGUAUUUGGGCAGAAAAAUCGAAGCGGGCACCCUGGACCUGUAGAUCACGAAAGCGACUUACGUUCGUCGGACGCCAGAAGAGGAUUACAUGGCACAAAGUCCCUUGGGAACGAUUUACAGCUGGGUGGGGCUACUCCUGCUCACAGAGCCUCCUCCAAGCACACGAGUCGCUAUAUUCGAAGACGGCCAAAUCGAAAUUAUUCUACUGGAAGGCUUACCGACAGUAUAUGUGGACUCUCGACCUCCUCCGCCGUACUCUUCACGUUGCAGGGGGAUCAGACGACUUGGUAGCCGCGCUCUCGAAGCCGUUCAUCCAAUGGCCAGCCCCAAUACUUUUCCCCCGCCGCGUCAGACGCGUCAGACAGUCCAUGGAAGCUUAUUUUAAUAGGGUUUGCUCGGCAUCCUUCCCAACCGAUGCAGACGCGUCUGAAGGAGAAAGUAUUGCUAACGAAGAUGGAUAUAGGCCCUGUGGGUCUUCGGACGACGGCGAAUAUUUCAGUUGCUCCGAGUCGUAA